AUGGAUGAGAUCCGGGCUCAACUGUCCCAGUUGAUGGGAGAAUUGGAGGCUCCUGGUGGAUUAUAUGUGGGAAAGGAUUUCAGAGAUCGUGAUGUCUGUAAACUCUAUCUUACGGGUCUAUGUCCACACGAUCUUUUUGAUAAUACGAAACACUAUUUGGGACCAUGCAGCAAAAUACAUGCCGAAGAAUUACGAGCGGAGUAUGAGAAGGUCAAGCUGACCAAAAAUUAUGGUUAUGAAGAAGAAGCAUUGGCCUUCAUCUCACCAAUGAUCCAUGACUGCGAUAGGAAGAUUACCAAGGCCAAAAUGAGGGUUUCGUCAGAGGAAGAUCCAACCAAAAACCCUCUUGAUGUAUUAGUGAUGGAGGAACUUAGGGCCAUAGACGUCCACAUACAACAAAAAAUGCUAAAGGCUGAAGAAUUGGGAUUACAAGGACUGGUAGAUGACUCGUUGCGUGUUAUGGAAGAAAUCGAAAGACUAAAACACUUGAAAGUUAAAACACUUGAUCGAAAUGGAGAUUCAAACUACGCACAAAAGUUGAAGCCAUGCGAGAUUUGCGGAGCAUUGCUCAGCGCCAGCGACAGCGAUCGCCGUCUAUCGGAACACUUUAGUGGGAAGAUACAUGUAGGGUUUCAAAAGCUCAGGGAUGCUGUGAGAACCCUCAACGAAUUGAUCGCUCAAAAAUCGGAACUUCCCAGGGAAGCUGGACCUCAAUAUCAUGACUCGCCAGAUAGGAUUGAAACGACCAGGUCUAGGUCGAAAAGCUACGAUGAAGCUACAGCUAACAGUAACAGGGGCAUAGAUUCCAGGCAUGACAAUUACGGCGGCAGGGACUGUUAUGGGAGGGAUAGAUACGUGAGAGGCAGCUAUGGCAGGGAUAGGUAUGACAGGGACCGCCACCACCGCGACAGGUCCAGAUCGCACGAAAGAAAUGGGUCUAGGCCUCACACUCACAGGUCACGAUCUAGCCGAGACAGGUCUUCCAGUAGACACAGGGAUAAACAAAGUAGCUCUCGCUCGCAUUCGAGAAGAUGA